GUCAAUCAAAGUUCCAGGACAGGACAUCCAUCAAACUACCCCUUCAACCUCAUCUCGACCCCAAAAAACGACUUUGCUGUCGCUCCCUCUCCUCCGCUUCCGUCUUUUCCCUCUCAGCACCGAAACUAAUUAUCUCUACCUACUCGAAAUGUCCUCGGGAUUGACGCGACGCCGCGGUGCGGGCGGCGCAGGACCUGCGGCUGAGGGCGAUUCCAGCAACGGCACUGCCCCUAGAACGAGCACACCAAGCGCCAGGGACAACGGACCCGAGACGAGCUACGAAAGCACAGAAAAUGGCCACAAGAUCGCAUUCGACCCUCGCGACAUCAGUGAGAGCGCUGAGCGAAGCAAGCAGCCAAAGCUCACCCUCAUGGAGGAGGUCUUGCUACUUGGCCUCAAGGAUAAGCAGGGCUACCUCUCUUUUUGGAAUGACAACAUCUCUUACGCCCUUCGAGGAUGCAUUGUCAUCGAACUGGCCUUCCGUGGUCGCAUUGCGAUGGAGAAGGAUGCUUCAAGACGCCGAUUCCCCCUCGCAGACCGCAACAUCGAGGUCAUAGACGAUACCCUUACUGGCGAGGUUCUUCUCGACGAGGCUCUCAAGAUGAUGAAGCAGAGCGAAAAGAUGAGCGUCGCAACCUGGAUUGACUUGAUGAGCGGCGAGACCUGGAACUUGAUGAAGAUCGGAUACCAGCUCAAGCAGGUUCGAGAACGACUCGCAAAGGGCCUGGUCGACAAGGGCAUCCUCCGCACCGAGAAGCGCAAUUUCCUCCUUUUCGACAUGGCAACUCAUCCCGUCGCCGAUGGUGGUGCUAAGGAGGAGAUCCGCCGCCGGGUUCGCAACAUCCUUACCCAACGGACCGUCGUCCUCAAUGGUAGCCAAUUCCUACCCGAGUCGCUCGAAUUCCGUUAUAUGCGCAGCAUCGCCAUGGUUUGCGCCGCCUACGCCGCUAACGUCCUCGAGAACGCCCUCGCAUCCCUUGGCCACGAGGCAAGGGAACGGGCGUUUGCGCAGACCGAUGAUUUACUCGCCGACUACAGCCAAUGGCCAUUCGGCAAGAAGGCCACACAGAACGGCAUUGGUGCCAACUUGCCUCAACUUAUUAACGAGGAGGUCAACAGCGGCAAGGACAAGGAGCUCCAGCUUGAGGUGGUUGCAGCUUGCUUGAGUGUCUUCACUAGACUCGACUCUCUCCUAUAGACGUACUCGUGCAAGCCUCAUGCGUGUCCACCACUGACGAACGUGACGUUUGGCUACACCUUCGUUCAACUACCCAGCUCCCAGCCAGGCCAAGCUCUCUCCCUCGAAAUCUUCUGUUCCAACUAUCCGAUCCUAAUCCCUCAUAAACCCAUUCUC